AUGAGCUACACAAAGUUGCGCGCCGAGCAAAGGCUUGCUGAGGAAGAGGACAAAGCUCGUAUAGAAAAUGAAAAGGCAGAGGAAAAGCGCAAAAAGAAGUGGAAGAAAAGGGACCUGAGCAAAGAAGAGCGUGAUGCAAAGGCAAAGGAUCUCGACCAGCUUCUUGCUCAGAGUGCAGCUUUUAGCAGCAUCCUGACUAACAAGACAAAGGUCCUCGGUCGAGUGGGCACUGGACUGGAUGGAAAGACUCUUGGCGAACAUGACUUGACCAUGGCAAAGCAGCCCAAAUGCGUUGUUGGCGGUACCAUGAGAGACUACCAACUGGAGGGAUUAACAUGGAUGUAUGAGAUUUGCGUUCAGGGGAUGUCAGGAAUUCUUGCUGACGAAAUGGGCCUGGGCAAAACCAUCCAAACCAUUUCCCUAAUAGCGCUCCUCCGUGAGCAAGAGAACUACUUGGGUCCUCAUAUUAUCGUUGCUCCUCUCAGCACCUUGUCCAAUUGGCUGGACGAAUUUCACCACUGGGUGCCCUCCAUCCCGGUUAUCAUGUAUCACGGCACCCCUCAACAGCGUCAGGACAUCUUCAAGACCAAGAUCAUGCGCCAUCUCCACGGCGGCAGACCGACAGAAAAGUUCCCCGUUGUCUGCACAACUUAUGAGAUGGUCCUCAAGGACCGCGCCAACCUAUCCAGGAUCAACUGGGAAUUCAUCAUCAUCGACGAAGGUCAUCGCAUGAAGAAUUUCGAUUCGAAGCUGUUCAGAGAACUCAAGACGUUCACGUCAGCCACUCGUCUCCUCAUCACCGGCACGCCACUGCAGAAUAACCUAAAGGAGCUCUGGUCCCUUCUAAACUUCCUCUUGCCAAAGAUCUUUAGAGAUUGGGAGGCCUUCGAAAGCUGGUUCGACUUUAGCGACCUUGAAGAUGAGGAAGGAACCGAGGAGUUCAUUGCCGACAAGACCAAGCAGGAGCUUGUCAAGAAGAUGCACGUUGUCCUCCAGCCGUUACUUUUGCGGCGAGUAAAGUCUGACGUCGCCAAAUACUUACCCAAGAAGCGCGAGUACGUCCUAUACGCACCGAUGACAAAGGAGCAGACCGAUCUGUACAAUGUCAUUAACGACAAAAAUAUCGAUACCCGGUCAUAUCUGGAGGGUAAGGUGGUCGAGCGCCUCAAUGGAGCCACAUCUAGCAUCUCAUCAUCACGAAGGAGUACUCCUCGCUCUUCCAAGGCGAACAGCGUGAAGGCGGAGCCCGAUACCGUCAGCGUAUCUGGCAGCUUUACGACAAAGACUAGUGCACUCACUCUCAAGGAAGGGGAAUCAAGCCCGCUGGCCAAGAAUGCUUUUGCAAUGAUGAUGGGCAAACGGACACGAGGUCGUCCGCGCAAGAACGCUCUUCCUGAGCCGGAACCGGAACCUCUUGCGGAAGAGACAACACCAGUCAAACCCACUAGGGCAGGUACAAAGAGAAAGGCUGCACUGGUUCUGGAGACUCCAGCCCCAAAAAGCGCAAAGUCAAGCGGAAAGUCCACACCCGUCAGCACCCGUGGCCGCCCUCGACGAGGUAGGAAGUCAUACAAAGAAGCAGACUCCGACGAGGAGAAGCUCGAUGAUGACGAGUUCGAAGAGAAGCUGGCCAAGGAGCUUGUGGAGGAUGAGGUGCAAGACAUCGAAGCUAUUCUCGACGCCGAGGAAAUCGAGCGCGCCCAGACCCUCGACCUAGCCAAGAAGGAGAUCUCCAACAAGAAGCUUGGAAACCCGCUCCUCCAGCUCCGGCUCGUCUGCAACAGUCCGCACAACUUCUACAACCCCUGGUCCAACUCGAACCAGCCCAUUGACGAGAGCAUCGUCACCGCCUCUGGAAAGAUGCUCCUGCUGGACCGGCUCCUCCCCGCCCUCUUCGAGCGAGGGCACAAGGUCCUCAUCUUCUCGCAGUUCAAGACCCAGCUCGACAUUCUUGAGGACUACUGCCGCGAGCUGCGCUCCUGGGACAUCUGCCGCAUCGACGGCGGCGUCGCCCAGGACGACCGACGCGCGCAGAUCGAGCAGUUCAACACGGACCCGGCCGUCAAGAUCUUCCUGCUGUCCACCCGCGCCGGCGGGCAGGGCAUCAACCUCGCGAGCGCCGACACGGUGAUCCUCUUCGACAGCGACUGGAACCCGCAGCAGGAUCUGCAGGCGCAAGACCGGUGCCAUCGCAUAGGCCAGACGCGGCCCGUGGUGGUGUACCGCUUGGCCACCAAGGGUACCGUAGAGGAAGAACUGCUCAUGAGCGCGGACGCCAAGCGCCGCCUCGAGAAGCUGGUCAUCAAGAAGGGCGGGUUCAGGACCAUGGGCCAGAAGCUCGACAUGCGCGAGGAGGACCUGGAUCGCGAGACGCUGCGGGCCUUGUUACUGAAGGACGGGCAGGUGUAUAAGUUCAGUGGGGACAAGGAGAUCUUGAGUGAGGAGGAUCUGAGGGUGUUGUGUGAUCGCAGCGAUGAGGCGUAUGUGAGCGCGGCGAAGGGCGAGGGCAAUGCGGAUGGCUGGAAGGUUAUUGAGACGCAGGCGGAGGGGAUCAGGACGGCGGGGGAGAAGCAGAAGAACAAGUGA